AUGAUCGUGUCCAACGUGAGCCUUGGCGGCUGCGCGCAGUUCAACAGCGCUCUGUGCGCCGGAGCCGGGGAAGGACACCUGGGGGGCGGUUCACACCGGCCCACCCUCAGCCCGACGGGGCACCUGGUGGUGGCCGUGUGCCUGGGCUUCAUCGGCUCCCUCGGACUCGUCAACAACCUGCUGGUGCUCGUGCUCUUCUGCCGCUACAAGAUCCUGCGCUCGCCCAUCAACCUGCUCCUGAUUAACAUUUCCGUCAGCGACCUGCUCGUGUGCGUGCUGGGCACUCCGUUCAGCUUCGCGGCCAGCACGCAGGGAAGGUGGCUCAUAGGGGAAGGGGGAUGCGUGUGGUACGGCUUUGCCAACUCCCUAUGUGGUGAGUAG